CUGAUUUUAUCAUGUUUGCCAAAAUUUUAUGUUGAAAUAAGCAGGCAUGCUGUAAUUUUGCUCAGAUGUUAGAUAAUUGGUGGCUGUAUAUAUCAGUUAGAGAGCAAUGGAGAAACUUGUGAUAUAUUUCGUGUUCAUAUUAUUUUCUGGUGCAGACAAAAUUCUUGCUAAUGCAUUAAAUCAUACAAUGGAAAUGGACAGAUUAGAUGACAUGGAAAACCGGCUUAAUGCGGAAAGUUCACGGCUUACUGCGGAAAGUAACGUCAGAAAGAAGGAGUUCAAUAUUUUGUUUAACAAACUUGGACACAUUGAAACAAUGCUUCAAACUUUGAUUGAAAUGAAAGGAACAAAAACUGACUCUUUCAGAUUUAAUGACGAAUCUGGUGCUGUGUCUAAUAACAAAAUGAAAAUACCACUCCACACCUUCAAGCCGGAAGAAAAAGUUCCAAACAUUAGAUUUCGACGAGAAAUAGCUAAAGAUAUAGGCGAACAGACCGAACAUACAAAGAACGCUUACACACGUAUAGAAAACAGCUUGAAUAAUAUUUCAAGAGAGGUUGAACUGCUAAAACAGGAAGUAGUAAAACAACAUGUUGAUUCAAAAGAAACGGCAAAGCAUUUUCAACAAAAUAUAGAAGAACACAUUCAAGACCUGGGCCCCCCUAUACAGUUUACGAAAGAAACUGUUGAAACGGUUUCAUUGAAAGUUGAAACUCUUAAAGAAAAGAUUGCCAAUAUAUCGCAUAACCUACAAAACGGUACACAUUUUCAAAACACGUGUCAUGGCAAUGCACUUGAGGAAAAGCCAGACGUCACCAGUGUUCAGAACAAUUCGUGUUUGGAUUUAUACGGUUAUGGGAUUAAGUCUAAUGGAGUUUUCGACAUAGAAAUACACAAAGAAAUACAUCGAUAUAAAGUUGAUAAAAAAGUGAUACAAGUUUAUUGCGAUAUGGCCACUGACAAUGGAGGUUGGACUGUAUUCCAACGACGUCUAAAUGGUUCUGAGGACUUUUAUCGUGGAUGGAAUGAUUAUAAAUUUGGAUUCGGUAAUCCGGAUGGUGAAUUCUGGCUUGGCAAUGAAUAUAUUAACUUUCUUACCGAUGAUGGCGAGACACAUGAGCUAAGAAUUGAUCUAGAAGACUAUGAAGGGAAUCGUGCCUAUGCAAAAUAUGUUAAAUUUAAGGUAGGGAAUGAGAGCACAAACUACAAGCUAGAAGUAAGUGGUUUUAACGGGAAUGCUGGUGACUCGCUGUCAAAACCUAGUAACCCAGAUAACAUACAUGACGGAAUGCAGUUCUCUACAAAGGACAGGGACAAUGAUCCAGCCGAGAUUAACUGUGCAUCCAGCUUUAAAGGCGGAUGGUGGUUCAACUCUUGUUUUGCUUCACAUUUGAACGGUUUAUAUUAUGAUGAACCAUCAAAUUGCUACGACACAUGGUGUAUUGUUUGGAAUAGUUGGAAAGGCUUUGGGAACUACUUGAAAUUUACUGAAAUGAAAUUCAGAUGAUUUUUUCUGUAUUUUAUAAAACACACAUAAGUAUUAUAAUGUGCGUACAAAAGAAUCGAAAAAGUGACUAACUUAAUCAGUGGUUGAUUUUAACUACAUCCUUUGGGCCUUGCAUUCAAAUCUGAUAAUGAAAAGAAGAAAAUGAGAUAUUUGAUAAACACUUGAAAUCCUAAAGACCAUUUCGCAUUUAAGUCGAUAACUGCAUAGUACUUGUAUUGUCUGAAAAUCUGCCCGCGUCUCAGCUAGUCAGAAAGCUUAGGUCAUGUUUUGAUUUGUACAGUAAAACUGAAACUGACUGAUUUGAUUAAACGCCUAUUUCUAUACAAUGACAUAUUCAAUGGCAUUGUACUUUUAAUCUAACAAGCCUUAGCGAUAUAAAUGAUGUAUAAAAACUCACAAAAAUUAAAAAACUAACAUCUGCUGUAAUCGCAUUUAUCAAAACCUUUAAAGUAAAGUCAUCAUGAAAGUUACGUCUCUUAAAUGCAGUACAACUGUAUAAUAAUGAAUAUAUACCUGUCAAAACCACUAAGAAUUGAAUCUGGAUUGUCAACAGGGAUCAGUCAAUAUUUUUCAUGGAUGAAGUUAUUGCAUCUUGGCAAAUAGGACAUAAAAUUCCUUAUCGAGUACUUUGGGACACAUGAAUUAAAGAUUGAUAUGGAAGACCAUGAAAUGAAUGGUGACUAUCCAACAGGUAAUAAAUGUAAGGUUUUUUCUGGAGAUAACAAACUAUACCGAAAUGAAUGGUGACUAUCCGACAGCUAAUAAAUGUAAGGUUUUUCUGGAGAUAACAAACUAUACCGAAAUGAAUGGUGACUAUCCGACAGCUAAUAAAUGUAAGGUUUUUCUGGAGAUAAAAAACUAUACACUUGAAUGAAUAGUUAUACCAGGGACGGCGGAGAUUCGCUUGAAGAGCCACUGCGCAUCAAAUUGCCAUGAUGUAUGGACAUUAAACCAAUGUUUGUCUGUACAUUCGAAUAGUAUGUAUAAUAAGCAGACGUAUUGUUGUGAAUGGAACAAUUACCGUUACAACACAAAGCCAAGCUACGAUAGAGUGAAAAAUAGAUUACCGGUACUACAACUGGAGGCCCUUGCUAGAUAUCUAAUAAAUAGAUGAUCUGGCGCAAAAGGAGGCCGUAAACAUCCUGUCUAUUUGCAUAUGACAUAUCUUGCUACUGUGUUUCAAUUUGUGUUUAUCAUAUUCUUAUUACAUGCUUGUAAUAAACCUUGAAAUGGAAUAAACUUGAACUUGAACUUGAAAUGUGCUGACAUAAAGCUAUUUUUCUACAUGUACGUUACAUUGAUAUAGAUAUUUCGUGAAGUUGAGAUGUUUGCUAAAGUGUAUAUCCGCUUAGAUAGUUAAAUACAAGAAGAUAUAUCAUGUAGAUAUUGCAAGGAGCUGUUUGUUUUUCUCCUAUACUCCAGAAAAGAUGUUUUAAUUGAUAUGUAUAUAUACGUCUUGUAAUACAUGUUUUAUGUAGAACGCCUCAAUGUUGCAUUUAUAUUGGUUUUUGAAAUUAAAAAAUAUAAAAUAAUU